AUGGCAGACAAUUCAAAAUUGACUGACGAGGAGUUAGCCGACAUAAGGGAACAAUUUUCACAGGGAAUAGAUAAAGGUGGAGUGAGAGAAAAAUUCAUGGAGUGUAGAAGGAAAAAAGAGAGAGAAAUAAUUAAUGAGAGGUCAUGGGUUAAUAUAUAAUUUAUCUUGUUGCAGCUGGACACUAGCGGGAAUGGAUACAUCGACUUAAAGGAAUUGAAAGAAGCCCUAGACAGCGUUGGAUACAAAAUUCCACAAUGGAAGGUCCGCUGUAUGAUCGAGGAGUAUUACGACAAUGGUGGCAAGAGUGGUCGGGGAGUCAACGGCAGUAUGAACGGCGACGCCAGGAAGAACGGCAUCUCUCUUACAGAGUUCGAAGAAUUAUGUGCUAACCUUAAAGCACAACAAGUGUCGAGCACAUUCAAACAGGCGGUCAGUAAAAAGGAGAACCUUGAACAUUUAGGCGGCAUGAGCGAAGCGUCGAGUGAUGGCACAACACAUUCCGUACGUCUUGAAGAACAAAUGGCGUUCUCCGGCUGGAUAAACAGCAAUCUCGAACACGAUCCCGACUUGAAGCAUUUGCUACCCAUAGAUCCCGAGGGCAAACAACUAUAUGAAAAACUAAAAGACGGUCUCAUUCUAUGCAAAGUGAUCAACCACUCCUGCCCAGACACAAUCGACGAGAGAGCGAUCAAUAAGAAGAAUCUGACGCUAUACACCAAGCACGAGAACCUUACACUGGCGCUGGUGUCAUCCCAGGCGAUCGGUUGUAAUAUUGUCAAUAUUGAUGCUCACGAUUUGGCUAAAGGUAAACCUCAUUUAGUUCUUGGUCUUCUGUGGCAAAUCAUUCGAAUCGGUCUGUUCAACCAGAUCACAUUGGAACACUGUCCUGGUCUCACAGAAUUGCUUAAUGAUCAGGAACGUAUCGAGGACCUGCUAGCUCUGUCCCCGGAGGCCAUAUUACUGCGCUGGGUGAACCACCAGCUGCAGAGCGCCGGAGUAACGCGACGCUGCACCAAUUUCCAGCAGGAUGUGGCCGACUCCGAGAUCUACUCCUACUUGCUCAAGCAGAUUGCUCCCGAGGAUGCUGGGGUCACGCUAGAUGCCUUGCGGGAGACAGACCUAAUGCGUCGUGCAGAGGUAAUGCUGCAACAGGCCGCGAAGCUGCGUUGCCGAGCCUUCGUGACUCCGGCCGACGUGGUGGGAGGGGUGUACAAGCUCAACUUGGCCUUCGUUGCUAAUCUCUUCAACCAGCACCCUGGCUUACAGCGCCUCGAUGAUGGCCCCUACCACCAGCUCGAUGAGACGAGAGAGGAAAAGACGUACCGCAACUGGAUGAACUCGAUGGGCGUGGCUCCUCACGUAAACUGGCUGUACUCCGACCUCACCGACGGGCUCGUCAUCUUCCAGCUCUACGACAUCAUCAAACCCGGCAUCGUCAAUUGGAAGAAGGUGCACCGGCAGUUCUCGAAGCUCCGCAAGUUCAUGGAGCGCCUGGAGAACUGCAACUACGCGGUGGAGCUGGGCCGCGCGCUCGGCUUCUCGCUCGUCGGCAUCGCCGGCGCCGACAUCAACGAGGGGAACGCCACGCUCACGCUCGCUUUAAUCUGGCAACUCAUGCGCGCGUACACCCUGUCUGUCCUGACUCGUCUGGCGAACACUGGCAACCCCAUCAUUGAAAAAGAAAUCGUGCAAUGGGUUAACAACAAGCUCAGCUCUGCUGGAAAAACAUCUUCUAUCAGGAGUUUCCAGGAUGAGGUAUUGGCAGAUGGUAAAGUGGUUUUGGACUUGAUAGACGCGAUCAAGCCUGGCGCAAUCAACUACGAUCUUGUAUUACACGGAGGAACUGAAGAGGAUAACCUCGCAAACGCAAAAUACGCGAUAUCAAUGGCGAGGCGUUGUGGAGCUCGCGUGUACGCUCUGCCCGAAGACAUUACUGAGAGAAAACCCAAGAUGAUAAUGACGGUGUUCGCCUGCCUCAUGGCGCUCGACUACAUCCCCACCAUGGACGCUCCCGUGCAGUCUGAGGUACAGUUUGUGGACAAUAGUGAUGAUUUCGUGCCCGUGGAAGUUGUAGAUAAGAGCGUGGACUCCGUGAAUGUAGUAGACCAAGCUGAAGAGGAUUUGGGCUUAAAAGUCCAAAUAGUGCAGAAACCGGAAUUACCGCCAAAACCUGAAAGUCUAUCACCUGUACAAUCCCCGCCGGUUUUGCAUACCACCGCAGAAUAAUAAAAAAUUCUAAUUACUUUGUAAUUGAAAAAACGAUAUAGUUCUAUUUUUCUAAUAAUUAUUUAUUGAUAAUCUAAAAUUAAGCCAAGAUUACGUUUUUUUAUUUAAAAGUCUAGUGAAUUAUAUCGAGGCGAAAACUAUAGUCAUCGAAAUGCAAUAACUGCAUUAAUGAAAUUUUAUUUUUACUUUUUACAUGAAUGGGUUUUAAAUAAAUAUUUUAAUUAUA